AUGCAGAAGGAAGAGAAGACGAUCAACUGGCGAGAACGGCCAAGAUAUGGCCGGACCUGGGCGGGAGACAACCGACCAGGAAAAGAACAUAUGGUAAAGGCGCUGAAGGGCAUAGCCAAAGAGGUCGGCGCACAUUCGCUGGGUGCGGUGGCAAUCGCUUAUCACUUACCACAAGGUUCGCUUACCCCCCGGUCACAGUCACUUGCCCUAUCAUACUGGUAUCUAGGUAUCACCGUGUCUUCCCCGUCGUCGGCUGCCGCAAAGUCAAGCAAGCACAUCCUGUCGUAUGUCGAGGCCAUUGAUAUCCCGCUCACACCAGAACCCAUCGCGCAGAUUGAGGCUGUCAAGGCCUGGCGGCCCGGUAUGCCCCGUCCUAUCAUUGGUGAUGGUAUCAUAGAUAAUGUCCUGGGGGGAUAUUAG